AUGUUUUCCCUCCCCCUCUCUCCUCGUGACCUAUUUAUUCAACUCCUCCUUAUCGGUGACUCUGGUGUUGGAAAGUCUUGUCUCCUUCUCCGGUUUGCAGAUGACACGUACACAGAGAGCUACAUUAGUACCAUCGGCGUGGACUUCAAGAUCAGGACCAUCGAGCUGGACGGAAAGACCAUAAAACUUCAGAUUUGGGACACGGCCGGCCAGGAACGGUUCCGGACCAUCACAUCCAGUUACUACAGAGGAGCUCACGGCAUUAUAGUAGUUUAUGAUGUGACAGAUCAGGUCAGUGCCUCUUGAGGACAAAUAACACUUGUUCUAAAGGCUUCUCUCACGACAGAUAUCCCC